ACACACAGGUAGAUACAUUACAAUAAUGCUUAGCUUGUGAAGAGGAAGAGUGACACUAAUCACUGAUAAUUAAGCUAGCUCGAUUGAUCUCUUCUAGCUCGGCCGGACCGUUAAUUCGUCGAUCAACGGUGAAGAUCGAUCGAUAUGGCGGGGAAGGCGUGGUGCUCGGUCCCGGUCGUGAUGCUGCUGCUGGCCUUGCUCUCCUGCGUCUUCCUCGUCCACGCGGCCGCGGCGGCCGGCGCCAACCGUAGGAUGCUGCUUCCUAGGGAGGAUGCGAUUGCGGCGGCGGCGGCGGACGCCGUCGUUGUCGUGUCCGGCGGCGGGCAGGGAGAACCACUGCUGCUGUCCGACGACGAGGAGAUGAUGGUGGUGGCGAGGAGGGUGGACCUGCAGACGGAGGAUUACCCCGGGUCAGGGGCCAACGGCCGCCACGAUCCCAGGAACCCGCAUUGAGAUUCGUGUCAGAUGGUCCGUCAUCGUGCAUGUAACUAACCGCAUGCGUGCAUGCUUAAGCAUACAGGCCACACUUGUAACUAUAGAACAUGAACUUAUUUAAUUUCUAAGCUGGCAAUUUUAGAAGUUACUGCUUUUUUAAUCAUACUAGCAAAAAGUCCGUGCGUUGCUACGGAAGAAAAAAAAUUGAAAAACAUGCUGGCUUAA